AUCAGUGGGAACUCGCAUUUUGCAGCACACGUUUCAAAAAAGCAUGUGAUCAAAAGAAGCAUCGGACAUCAUUGAUCACGUGGUAAUCUUACUUUGAAACAAGCAUCAGUACAUUAUAUCGGAUCAGUAGGUCUUUGAAAACUGCAUCGGAGCUCCGGUAUCUAUCUAUCAAGCGUCCCUUCACGAGCUAGUGUUGACAUUCACUGACCGGCUACUACAGCCUGGGAUUGUCUUCUCCGAGACGAAACCGUGAUAACCGAGAGGCUUGGUCGUGCGUUGAGAAUGGAAAAGCACAAAGUGCUGGAUCAACUCCUGGAGGAGCUGCAGUGCUUCCUCCUGAUCCUGGAUCGGGAAAACCUGAGUGGGAAUGCCACUGUGCAGAAAGGCAUGCUGUCUGACCUGCUGCAGUCCUACAGAUGCUCCAACGGUGGUGGUGGUGGUGGUGAUGAGGAGUACAUCUACAUGAACAAAGUCAUUGUGACUGGGCAGGGUCAGGACAAAGCUGACAGAGACAACACACCAGAUGCCCUGGCCAAUGGGAGAGCAGGAAAACAUGUCCCUGCCCCACAGAAGAGUCUUCCAGACUUGCCACCACCUAGAGCAGUUAUUGUAGGGAGAGAGCCCUUCCCCCAGCCCUCGGCCCCGGCCUGCUUGGAGUUUCAGGAGGGAUAUUACGAGGAGGCCCAGCCCUAUGACUCAGCCAUGAACGAUGACGGCGAGGCAGUGAGCAGCUCCUAUGAGUCCUACGAUGAGGAGGAAGUGACCAAGGGGAAGUCGUCAUUGUCAGCGCAGCACCAGUGGCCGUCCACCGAGGCAUCCAUCGAGCUGAUGAAGGACGUGCGCAUCUGCGCCUUCCUCUGGAGGAAGAAGUGGCUGGGCCAGUGGGCCAAGCAGCUGUGUGUCAUUCGAGAACAUCGCUUCCUGUGCUACAAGAGCUCCAAGGAGCAGAUGCCGCUGUUGGACGUGAGCCUGCUGGGAUGCAUCGUGGUCUACAAGGCGAAGCAGCCUAAGAGGAAGGAGCACAAGCUGAAGAUCAUCCCCAUGGGAGGAGAGGCCAUCGUUCUGGGCCUGCAGAGCAAGGAGCAGACAGAGCUGUGGCUCAAGGUGAUCCAGGAAAUCAGCCCUAAACCAGCAGAGGGCUCUGAGAUGCAGCACUCUGUGUCCGACUCCUCACGACUCAUUUGCACUAAGGGGGAGCUCAGUGAGAGGUACUCAGUUACUUCUGAAAGUGGCAGCAGCACAGACAGCCACGCUGAGACCCUUGAAUCUAAAGAUGUGAAGAAGAAAUACAGUGCAGGUCUGAAGUUCAGUAACUUAAUGAACAUUGGCAAGAAGAAGACCUCUUCCUUAGACAGUCCGGAGAAAUGUGUUGACACCUCAGGUUACCUCAACGUGCUGGUUAACAGUCAUUGGAGGAGCCACUGGUGUCUGAUAAAAAAUGGGCAGCUGUGGUUUUACCAGGACAAGGGCAAGACUAAAGUGGCCCAGCAGCCUGUGCCUCUGGAGGGAUGCAUGGUCUUGCCAGACCCCAGCCCUGAGCACCUCUACUCCUUCCGGAUCCAGAUGGAUGGGGCACAGCUAGCCACACUAGAGGCCAAGUCGUCAGCUGAUAUGGGUCACUGGCUGGGUCUUCUGCUAUCUCAGACUGGGACUAAGACCGACCCUGAAGAACUCACCUAUGACUAUGUCAAUUCUGAGAGGAUCUCCAGCAUAGUCAAUGCAGCCAAGACCUCCUUGUAUCUGAUGCAGGGGAGGUACUCAGAGCCUAGCACCUACAAAGACAGCCUUUCCUCGGCUCCCCACGGUUCAGAUGACAUUUAUGACGAUGUGGCUUCUAUAGAGGGCGAACUGGAGGAUGCAGAGGAGAGCGGCCUUCUGGAUGAUCAGGAGAGCAGUGGUCAAUGUCGUCAAGACAGCACUGGACCGUGUGGUCAAGAUGGCGAUGUGGUGGUGGUGGACAAUGCAGGGCAGGACGCAGCAGACAGGGUUUACUUGGACCUCAUUCCUGUACGAUCGUUCCUGCACACGUCCUGUGGCAUAGGGUCCCCAAACAAAGAACCCCCCCGCUCUUCACCCGCCCCCACUGAGGAGCAGCAGGACCUCCCUAGCCAGGUUGAUUCUAGCAUCAUAUCCGAAUCAGAGCUUCCACCAUCCCACAAUGGAGUGGAACCCACUGCUAACACCAACAGACCUGAGCAGGAGCGCCCCCUGUCUCCCAGCCCUCUACAGCCCUAUACCCAGGCUCAAAAGGCCUCUCUCCUCAGCCAAGACAUCCAGAAAAGGGCCAGUCCAGGCAUACAGCACCCCCAGGCCCCCAGUACAACCACCCUUAACACACAGCCCCCCAAAACCCCUCAGAGUCCUGCAGCUACCACUCUUGCAUUCAGCCUUCCCCCUCACAGUCCCCAACCUCUCAGAGGCCGGAGUGCCAGCAGUGGAGACCAAAGGACCAAAGUCUUAUCCACAGCCACCCCUGGGGCCAUCGAGGUGAAACUGGGGAAGAACAGAACGGAGGCGGACAUGCGGCUCUUCACGGAAGAGCGUGACCGGCUGGAGAGAGAGAAGGAAGAGAUACGGAGCAGCCUAGUCAACCUGAAGAAGGAGAGGAGGGAGACCAAGGAGGAACUCAGCACCUGCCAAGACCCGGAGCAGCAGGCCUCCCUGGAUGCAUGUCUGAAGCAGAAGGAGGAGGCGUGCCGGGAGGCGGAGCAUUGUCGGGUGGAGGUGGAGCUACGAUUGAUGGAUGUGAAGGAGAGUCUGAGAAAAGCAGAGGCGGGGCCUUUCGUUCUGGGCACCACAUUGGACAGCAGCCUCCUGGACACACCCAUGGCGAAAGCGGUAUCCAUGGGUCCCCCACAGACUCCCUCUCCCCCCACAAACUAUGGGGACUCCUCUCCUGUCAACUCCGCCACCGCGCUAAAGAAUAGACCCCUGUCAAUCAUGGCAUCCAGCAAAGGCAACGUCCUGCAGAAGGCUAAGGAAUGGGAGAAGAAAUCCACCACCUAGGGGUGAGCAAGACUUUCCCUUUGAUCUCUGAUGACAUUUGAGGUCAUCAUUAUGACCCAUGGCCAGGUCAGGUGCUAUGCUUUGGCUGCACUGGGGGGCUAGGAAGGAAAGGACACCACCCUCACCACCUCCCUGCCCCUACACCUGCCUCUGUCCAACCAGAGAAUAGGACAGAAACUAAUGGCUCCACAGAAAGCCAAUUAGAGACCAGGCACACCUGUCUACUGGAAAACCAAUGCCACUGGACAUUUCUAGAUUUGAAAAACGAUUGAAGUUGUUUUUUUCCAUAAAGUCACAUUUUCAUAUAGUCACAUUUAAAAAUAUGUUUAAAGAGGUUUUUUAAUAAUAUACAGUAUUAUUUUUGGAAAUAUGGAGCCACUUUCCUCUUACACCAGCAUGCCACAAGGGGACGACCCCCCUACCAUGUCUACCAUUUGGUACAGGCUGAUAGCCAAGAUGUAAAUACAUAUUACACUGUUCUGUUUACUUUUUUACUUGUAUGCUAGCUAAAACUUGCACUUUUAUUAAAAUAAAAAAAACUUAGUACUGACA